AUGGACGCCACGAGCCUGCUCCUCAACAUCCUCUCCGUCGCGAGGGGCAUCCACACCUGGCUGGACCAGCUCCAAGCGAAGAAAGACAAGACCCGACAGCUCCAUUGGCGUGUUAAAACCCUCAUCGACACUCUCUUCCCCCUCCUCGAAUUCCACCACGCCAAUAUCCAUCAAGUUCACCAUAGUACCCACUCUGGCCAGGGAUUCGAACGAAAGGGCCAAGAACUCCGAGUCUCCAACGCCGACUCGGGAUUUUCGUUUUACGGUGCAGACUCGGACAACUUGAACCUGAAGAAGUCGCCAUCUUCUUCUCCAAAGUCUCCACCACAGCCUUCACCACCUCUUUCACCUUCCAACCUCACCAACAACGAACUAACAGACCUCUUCCUCGAACUCGCCCAAAUCCUCAGCGGAAUCCGGACGCACCUCUCCGCCUACCGGGCGAGCUCCAAGCUCAAACUCACGACCCUCAUGGACUUUGUCAACCCCGCAGUCCUGAUUGGGAGGUUGGAAGACGACGAGAAGAGGUUGUCGAGGUGGAUCGAGCUGUUUACGCUCAAAUUGCAUGUUAUGAAUAGUAUUGGUGGGAGUCAGAUGAGCCCUUCGUCACCGAAUAACUCUGGUCGGACCUCUUGGUUGCAUUGUGGAACUACGAAAUACGACAAGAACUCGGAUUCGGACUCGGAUUCGGACGUGACUCUAUUCGGGGGAGAGAGGACUACCAUUGCCACUGGACGAGGUGGUAAACCCCGCCAAACAUCAACGAAUUCCACGACAAAACUCGAUUCAUCCGAAUCCGACGUGGACAUGUUCUGGGAUAUAUGCGUAGGCCAAGACUUCCUCGUGACAAGCCCCGCAGAGUUCCUCACCGGUCUACGCUGCUGGAUCCGACGCGACCUCGACGAAUUUACGUGCGCCGCCCUGCUCAUGGCGCUAGACCCAGACGGUCUUGGGCCAAUCACUCGGAAGAGCGUUCUCGCGGAGGUAAGACAUUUAUCCUUGAAGGACUACGUCCUGCAGAGCAAGUGUCCAGACCCAAUACGGACGUCAUCUCCAAUCCCAUUCGACAACGACUCCGACGACACGGCUACGCUCGCAGACGACAACUCGGACGCCGAGACCGUGGUCGAAGGAAUGGAUCCAGACGACUUCGCCGAAGACACCAUCCUCCAACCAACCCUCGUGUGGAUCGACGACAGAAUGUCGAACAACCAACAAGAAAUCUCGUACGCCGAAUCACUGGGUAUACAAGUCAUCACUCUCCCCUCCUCCUCCGUUGCGCGGUUCUGGAUCGAGCAGAACGAACCAUCCCUCCGAAAACUCGACUCCACCAACAACCUCAGCUUCAUCACCGACAACGCACGCUGGGAAGGCCCAGCCCCUUCCGCUUCCCAUUCCCCCGACCACCUCUUCCUCAACCUAUCAGCCGGCGAAUCCAUUCUACGCUUCGCCCGUGCCAAACGCUUGCGCUGUCCAGUCCUGGUCUACUGCGGCGCAAGCAUCGUCGUCACAGACUACGUCAAGCUGUACAACCGCGCGGCGUCAACCCAGAGCUCGGAUGUUUGUAAGAGGUUUAUUGAGUCGCUUGGACUCGGAUGCAAGGGUCGGGUGGAAGGACGGCGUGGUGAUGGUCGUGGUGAACUGGAUUGGACGCAGUUUGCUGCGAGAAGGGGACAGGGAAUCGGGAUUUCCGUAAAGUAG